AUGGGCAAAUCGUAUAAAUCAAGCUCUAAAGACCUUGAGACUGCUUACAAUAUCGAUUCUUGGAUUAGCAACAAUUCCUCGGAUGAUUUGGAUGAACUCGUGAAUUCUCAAAAAGAAUUAAAGAAGUCAAAUAAUAUUAGCGUCCUUAUUAUUACUGACCUUGGUGUUAAUGUAACAUACACGAAUGCACCACCAUUACCAAAAAUAACUAGCUCUAACGAACCUUAG